AUGACCGCCGGAGCCAGAGUCGGAGACCUGCCGCUUCUCCAAGAUCAGCACGAAGGUGUGGUCGGUGAUGAGAGACCCACCAAGAGACAGAAGGUGGCCGCCGCCUGCGAUCAAUGUAGGGAGAAGAAGAUCAAAUGCGAUGGCUUGAGGCCGCGGUGCAGUCCGUGCCAGAAACGAGCGGGCGCAAAUGCGCAUUGCGAAUGGGGUGUGAGGAGGAAGCGCAGCACCGGAGCCUCCAAGCUGGAGAUUGCACGGCUUCAGUCUCGGAUCGAUGAGCUGGAAAGAGUCCACCGAAGGACGUCGCUGCCCGAGAACACAGAUCAACCAAGUCCAUCUACGCCUCGAUCAAUCUCGGAUCCGAAUCGUCACUCCCAUUCUAGCGCAAAUGCAAUGAUGGGUCUGAUAGAUGAAGGUGAUGGCCAUGGCGAGGAGAGCGUCGUUGGCGACUCCAGUGCCGCGAGCUUCAUGAAUCGCAUCAAAGCCGUGCUCGACCAACAGGUGUCCCCCGGUUCGGCGCAGCAGCCACGGUCUAAUUCUACCAGUUCUUCUUCUGCAGUAGUCACGGGCUUACGACGCCGCCAAAGACGGUUCCGAACCCCUGACUAUGUCCUUCCCUCAAGGCAGCAGGCAGACAAGCUCCUCGAGGUCUACUGGCGCCUGGUGGAUCCGUUGUAUCCGUUUAUCGACAAGGACGAUUUCAUGGGCAAGUACCAGAGCCUCUGGGCGGGCACCCCGACAAUGGACGACGAGGUAUGCUUCAUUUGUCUCUUGAAUGCCACUUUCGCAGUGGCUUGCAUUCUCGAUUCGUCGAUCCGGCCUCAAGACCGAGUCAGCGCGGGCGAAGUCUACUUCAGGCGAGCUCAGGGGUACGUGGACCUCGAGUUUCUCCAAUUCCAAUCCGUGCAUACGGUGCAAUGCCUCCUGCUACUGGCCCAGUACUUGCAGAGCACGCGAGAGCCGCAACAAUGCUGGCUGUUCGUUGGCUUGGCGAUCCGCAUUGCACAGAGUCUCGGCCUUGAUCUGCCUUCCACCAGCGCCAGAACACAUAACGGCCGGCCGGACGAGUUUCUCCGCAAGGUCUGGCAUGGUUGCGUGCUGAUGGAUCGCAUAUUAUCCAUGACAUUCGGCCGGCCGACCAUCAUCACGCCACAAGCAGCAGCUUCGGUGCCUCGGCCCUUGCCUCAUCCAGGAGUCAGUGUCGCUGACUGUGAAUGCCACGGGGACCUUGGCCACUUCGACGCGUCGCCUUCAGAUCUCCAUUUCUUCCUCGAGACGCUCCAGCUGUACGAAAUCAUGAGCGAGACUCUCCUGGCGCUCUACAGUCCCACCCACUCCGCGGAAAGACCUAGCUCCAUGGCAGCAGAUGAUGAUAUUUAUACGCCCUACUUCGGCGCUCUCGGCUCAAAAGCAGCAGGCACGGUGCUGGAAAUGGACGCGAAAUACUCCACCUGGCAACGAUCUCUGCCUCUGCAUCUCCGCUUCGCCCGCGGGUCGAGUACUAUCCCACAGAAUCUGAAUCUGAACCUGACUCACGCUCGUCAAGCGAAGGUUCUCUACCUCCGAUACUCGCACACUCGGACCCUGCUCUUCAGACCCGUCCUCUCUCGGUUCUGCAGCAUCUGCCACAACCACCACGAGGAGCAUAUCGAACGAGACUCGCUGGCCUACAAACUGGCCCUCCAAUGCUCGGUCAUGUGCGUCCAGAGCGCGCUGGACACGGUGCACCUUUUCGGCAAAGUGCACUCCGAGGUCCGCGUGGAACUCCUCGAUGAUAUACUCCCAGCAUGGUGGUAUUGCAUUCUCUACCUAUACACCGCGGCGACGGUCCUCGUGGCGGCAAGACUGAACGCGACGAUCGAAAAGGAACUCGGGGGCGAGGACGUCGUCUUGACGGCCUCCCGGACCGUCACGGCAGCAUUGCACCGGUACGGCAGUUUCGGGAAACAUACAAAGAGGUGCGCCGCGGCGGUGGAGCUCCUGUUUGACCAAAUACCCGGCCAGAGCCAAGCUUCCCUACCUCUGCAGGGAUUUCAUAGGCGAAGCGAAGUGGCCACAACAAAUCCAAAUCCCCACAGCGUCACGAAGGCUACCAACACAGACCCCCACCUCCGGGCGGAUCGGACAGCUGCAGCCAGCGACCCCCAGACGUGGACUUUCGCGGAUAAUCGCGCAGGCACGGGCGCGAGUGUCAGUGUCGAUCUGGACCGAAGCGCCUUUCUCGAUAAUGAUGCGCCCGUUCAUUUUGCGGCGACUGCAGGCGGAGGCGAAGCAACAGUGCCGUCUUUGAUGGAGGAUGAGGCCCUCCUUGAACCCUCGGAUCUGCUGCGGUUCGACUUUGAUCUCGGCGGCGACAUGUCCUGGCUGAGCAGCAUCCCGUUUGAGCUUUAUAGCGAGGGUGUGUGA